AUGGCAAGCGCUUUCACCAGACUCUUUUCGCCCUCUCAUCGCAAGAGAGCCUCCAGCUCCUCCUCUUCACGUCGUCAGGAAUCCACCCGCACGCGCUUCCCUACCUCGUCCACCUUUGAUCUCAGGCACUCAAUCCCCGAAGAAUCAUUCUCAGCAACUGAUCCUGCCUUUCCCAGCUCAGCCUCGGUCACAAAGCUCACCGUCGACCAUCUCAACCAUCACCUCUCGGCGCCUAUCAGCGAUGCCACUCUGCGUCGCAGAUCCUUGGCCAUCGAUGCCACCCACGCAAACAGCACGCUCCGUCCGAGCCUCCCUCGUUCCUUUAGCGCUCUCGACAUUACCUCGCCACUAGAUCCCAGCAUCAACGCAAACUCCGCCUUCACGCCUCCCUCGAGCCAGCCUCCGUCACCACCUCCAGUAGAUGACGACGACGACUUUGAUUCAAAUCCCCUGUACCUGCACCUCUCUGAGCACCCUCAGCUCGCCAACGAUUGGAGCAUCGCAAGCCUCGCCCUCAUACCACUAGCUCGCACCAUCACCUCACAUCACGCCAUCACUCAAGAUGACCUCCAGGAUCCCCAUUUCAUCGCCCUCCAUGCCUUUGCGCCUUCCAGGCUGUACAAGGACCAGUUCGUCUCCGUUCGCUCCCUCAAACAUUCCAAAAGCUCGCCAUCAGCCACCACAUUCCCAAACGAUGGCUAUGACUGGGCUCACGUCACCCUCACUGCUACCUUGGACUCAGAUCAACGGUCUCUCACCAUCACAGAGACCACGCACGCACCUCGUCCAUCCUCUCAAAUCCUUUCUCUCUCCACCGAUUCUGCAUCAGCAGCCCUCCGCUCGGCUUCCACCAUCAAGAGAAAGGUGACCAUCGUGUCCGAGACAACCAUCUACCGCACUUUGCCUACGCCUCGUCCUGCCACCGCGUCGCCAGACCAAUCAGCUUUUCAGGUCACAAGUCGUUCUCACCCACCAUCAUCGGAUGCACCACCCCUCAGUACCAAAGUGCGCGUCCUUUCGGUAGAUCUACCCAUCGUACAACGUCGAGCACAAGGCGCUGGCGCCGACAGCUCCUAUCAAGCCUCGCAUCAACACGCACCGCCCCCUUUGGACUCAACCGAAGACGAGCUGCACGCCUCGAUUUCGGACCUCAUCCUCGAGCACGUUCCACCAAAGCGUCUUUUCGCCCAUGAUCUGUCCCUCUUGGCCCAACCCUCGGUCGGCUCGACUCAGCUCGCCGAAGCGCUCACCAAUGCCUUUCAGGUACUCUUCUCAGCAGCGCAUCAGUUUUCGGCCUCCUUUGUCUACGUCAAGGGUUUCGACAGCUACAAUGCCCACCGCAUCCGUCGCGGCAUCUGGUUCAAGGCUUGGAAAGCUUUUGAAGAGCGUCUCGGCUCCGAUCAUAUUGCUCGUCUCAGCGUCGAGGCUUUUCAUCGCAUCAAGUCCCUGCUCGAGAACAUCGUCAUGGGUCUAGUUCACUCCAAAAUGUAUGGUCCCAUCCAGGACCAGCUGAUGGAUGCUGACCUCGUCACCGACGAUGUCCUCUGUGCUUACAAUGCGUUCAACGUCACCCUCGCUGAUUUCGGCGUACAAAACGUCGCUCUCAGGCAACGGCCCGCUCGACUAGCCACUGCCAUCGACGUCCUCAGUCAAGGUCUUGACGACGAUGGUGGCACCCAGCUCGACGACGCCCUCGCCCAAGGCGAUAUGCAGCUGCUCACUGCCAUCCUGAAUCGCCCAGCUCUUUCACCCAUCCCCGUCGUCGCCCAAUCAGCUUCUCUCGACCAAAUCCAAAUCCAGUCCGACCUAGGUCUUGCCAUACUUCCUCAUCGCCAUCUGAAUCAUGGCACUUCGCACGGAGAGCUUCAUCGGCGCACGCCUCUUCAGAUUUUGCAGACGCUUCGAGCCACUAUCGACGAGAUUGGCUGGGCCGCCGAUCGUCAUCCCACCUCUUCCGGCCGCCGCGCAUCUUCUUCGCACGAAAGGCCACCGCCCUUGGGAACCGACGAUCUGUUGCCCAUUUUGAGUUUCGUCUUUGUGCGUGCGAGACCUGGUCGACUGUGCAGUAUGCUUUACUAUGCACGCACAUUUCAGCUCACCGACACCGCCACCUCGCCCGAACUGCAGUGGGCGCUCAUCACCUGCGACGCCGUCGUUGCCUACCUCAGGACCGAUCCGCUUCGACUGUGUAGGCGCAGCUCAAGCGGAAGCAUUGUUGCCGAUCCUUCGCGCAAAGGUUCGCGCUCACACUCGGGCGCGCAGCCGGGUGUCGUGAGCGCCAACGACAGCCUCUCGGUGCGGUCCAUGUCGUCUCGUUCUCAUCAGGGGUCCGCAGCUGCCUCGACAUUGCAAGCGGCCACGCUCAUGGCUCGCUCUCCCUCCGCAGUCGACGGCGCUGGAUUCGUACAAGCAGCCUCACCGCGCUCACCCCACUCGCCACGUUCGCCACGUUCAACAUCUCCCUCAGCUGAGGCCUCUAAUGACCAUUUGGCUGCGAGCAGCAGCAACUCGUACUUUUUUCGCCACGCCGACGUAUCAACAGAACACGUCGCGCAUGCCACAUCUGAAGCGAGUCCGCGGCUCCAUGCCGAAGGCUUCAAAUUGCCAGGUCUGCCGGCGAGCGUCUCUUCGCGCCGAAACAGCCGCAUCUUACAGCAGCGGCCUACUUCGGUUUUUUCGCUGAGCGAGGACGGAGAUGCCAUCAGUCUUUUGCCGGACACCUCGCUCGACGCGUUGGAACGGCGCUCAUCGCUGGCAACCUCUCAAAGCCCUAGUCGUCGGCUCACGACGCGCGAUCGGACGUUUUCUUCGUCAUCGAGCUCGACGUCGCACAACGAUGUCCAGAUUCGACCGCAGAUUGUGCGUACCAUCAAGCGCUCGCAGGCGGGCAACAUCUGUACCAUCAAUCGUCUCGAACGUACGAGCAGCAAUGGCAGCACGGCCAGCAGCAGCCAGAUCCACGUCCGUGUCGUGGGUUCUUCGUCGACGCGACCGGUUGAGACCAGUACGGCCAACGAACCUGCAGUGCUGGCCAAUGCGUCUCCGGCUCGAUCGGACCGACGACGUAGCUUUGACUCCUGGACGGCAUUUUCUCUGUUUUCGUCAAGCGCACUUUGCGGUGCGUCGGCGAAUGUGGCGACCGAGGAGACGAGUUCGAUAGAUGUGCAGGAUGUGGCGGAUGUGGCGCAUGCUUCGACUUUGUCUGACGGGCAUGGAAACGGAAAGGUUAGCGAGCAUGCCACGCACGUAUCGCGAGGCUCCGUGGGGUCAGCAGAGACCGGCACGUCGUCGGGAUGGCUGUAUUGGCGGACGGAAUUGAACGGUGCGAGCCGACGCAGUUCGGUGUCGGCUCAUGCGAAAGGCGCUUCGUUGCGGGGGGAGGGUGAUGGAGCCCCGGGCGCCAAGACGGUAGCUGUCGAGUCGGAUGAUGCCAACUGUCAACCGGAAGGCGUGGAAACGCCAGAGGUUGCGUUUCGACGCUCGGAGCGCGCAGCAUCGGUUCGGCCGAGUGCGUCGCGCGCAUCGCGCGCGUCAGGAUCGGAUUUCGGCGCGCCUGGACAGUGGGCGUCAACGGAGGCGAGCGCGACCGGUUCGGUGUCGUCUCGACGCGCGAGUGUGCAACGCGGCCAGUAUAGGGGCCGACUGUUGUCGACGUCAGCCGCGUUAGCUGUAUCAGCAGUGCCAUUGGCACCGCACGUGGAUCGAAGCGGUAUGUCGACAGCUGAUCUGACGCGACCGACGGCGAACGCGCAGAGCAUCGGCUCGUUGAACGCGUUCAAGGCCAGCUUACAUACCGCCUCGUUCGUCGUUACUCGUCGCGAUCAGGCCACUGACAACACACACGAUCACAUCCCGGAUAUGAUCGCUUACGGCACCCCUAAGCUCAACACCACACAUACACCCUUGCACAACCCUAUUCUCACCGCGUUCUCUCCCGCCCCAGACUCAUCUUCCCCAUCACAAUCUCACGCCAAUUCUCACACACAUCCAUGCACCGCUCCCUCCCAUCCUUAG